GCCACAGCCGUCAGUGGACGUCAGUUGAACAAUCACGCAUCCAAGACUGCUCUCGUGUGAGGCAUCGUAUUGAGAUGUACAUUGUUAUCACCGUGUGCUUUCGAUCAUUGGAAUAACGGUUAUUCCGAUUGAAUCAUGGAUGGAAAGGACGCCGUUGAGAAGAGACGAAAUCCGAGGGAGAAGGCUAAUCCAUUGAGCGCUCUUACGUUUGGGUGGAUAUUGAAAACAUUCUACGUGGGUUACAAACGAGAACUUGAGAUAGAUGACCUCACACAACCACUGAAGGAGCACAAAAGUAGUUACCUGGGUGAUAAAAUAUCAGCAGCAUGGGAGGAAGAAUUGCACCGUUUCAAUCAACAACAGGAGAAAGCAAAGCAAAAAGCAGGGAGACCGACUGGGAAGAAGCAAACACCGAGUUUAAACCGUGCGUUGAUUAAAGUAUUUGGACUGAAAGUUGCACUCUAUGGCGUUGCCUUGGCGAUUAUGGAAAUAGUCCUCAGGGUCCUCCAGCCUCUCGCCCUGGGUAGGCUCCUCAGGUACUACUCCACCGACACCGUAACGAAAACAGAGGCCUACCUCUACGCAGGUGGAGUGAUUCUCUGCUCAGCAGUGAACAUUUUCGUAGUUCACCCCUACAUGAUGGCGAUCCUGCACAUGGGGAUGAAGAUGCGAGUGGCCUGUUGCUCUCUGAUCUACAGGAAAGCCCUGAAGCUCUCAAGAACAGCACUGGGAGAGACGACAGUGGGACAAGCAGUCAAUCUCCUCUCCAACGACGUCAACAGGUUCGACGUGGCAAUAAUCUUCCUGCACUACCUGUGGAUAGGCCCCCUAGAGACCGCCAUAAUCACGUACUUCAUGUACCAAGAGGUCAACAUCUCAGCAGUGAUCGGUGUAGCCUCCCUCCUGAUGUUCAUUCCUCUCCAGGGCUGGCUUGGAAAAAAGUCAUCAGUUCUACGCCUCCGCACUGCCAUCAGAACCGACGAGCGUGUUCGUCUCACCAACGAAAUUAUCUCCGGAAUUCAAGCCAUAAAGAUGUACACGUGGGAGCACCCCUUCAGUGCCCUCAUCGAAAACGCCAGGAAACGAGAGAUCAAGGUCAUCCGCGCAACCUCGUACAUCAGGGGAGUGGUCAUAUCUUUCAUCAUGUUCACGACGAGAUCAUCACUCUUCCUCACGAUCCUCUCGUACAUCCUCCUGAGCCCCGACAAUCAGAUCAACGCCGAGAAGAUCUUCAUGAUCACCGCAUACUACAACAUACUGAGACAAACAAUGACAGUAUUCUUCCCGCAGGGGAUCACGCAGAUGGCUGAGGCUGCUGUCUCCAUAAGACGUCUCCAGGAGUUCCUCAUGUACGACGAGAUCUACUCGUCCAAGACUGAAACCGAUAAAGACAGCGGGGAAACUUACACGCAGGCUAAGCAAGCUAAUGGAAGUGCCGACACAAAGUUGGAUGGUGAGAAGAUGGGGUCGAUAGUCCUGCAGAAUGUGUCUGCAAAAUGGUCAGGCAGUGAACACGAGGACACGUUAACCAACAUAGACAUGAAUAUCCAGCCAGGGAGAUUGGUCGCUGUAGUUGGCCAAGUGGGUGCUGGCAAGUCCUCUCUCCUGAACGUCAUUCUGAAGGAGUUGAAGAUCUCCAAAGGGACGAUCGACGUCCAUGGGAACAUUGCUUACGCCAGUCAGGAGCCCUGGCUGUUCGCAGGCUCCGUCAGGACGAACAUCCUCUUUGGUAGGAAGAUGGAGCCGAAGAGGUACGACCAAGUUGUCAAGGUUUGCCAGUUGAAGAGAGACUUUUCACUGCUUCCCUACGGUGACAAGACAAUCGUGGGGGAAAGAGGGAUCAGUUUGUCGGGGGGUCAACGAGCCAGGAUCAACCUGGCUAGGGCUGUCUACUCUGAGGCCCCCAUCUACCUCUUCGACGAUCCCCUGAGUGCUGUCGACGCUCACGUGGGCAAACACAUGUUUGAAGAGUGCAUCGAGAAGUAUUUGCGAGGAAAAACGAGAAUUCUGGUGACGCACCAGAUUCAAUUUCUGAGGAAUGUCGAGAAGAUCUACGUGAUGAGGGAUGGGGGGAUCGAGGCUGAGGGUACUUACGAUGAAUUGGCUGUUCGAGGGGUGGACUUUGGUAGAUUGCUGGAGAGUACAGCGCCUCAGGCCGAGGAGAGUGCGUCAGCAACUGUGAGCAGAAGCAACUCCAGACGCACCAGUGUCACCUCAGUCUCGUCAACAAUGACGAAUGACAACUCUAAGGUUCAAGCGGAGCCCGAUGAAAUAGCUGAGAUGAGGACAAAGGGCAGCAUUGGAGGACACAUUUACGGAUCCUACUUCACAGCUGGGGGAAACUGGUGCAUAGCGAUGAUAAUAUUCAUCCUCUGCGCUGGGGCACAACUUGCUGCCAGUGGUGGGGAUUACUUCAUCGCGUUCUGGGUGAACCUUGAGGAGGAGGAUCAGGGCUACAAAAGCAAGAAUGCCACUAUCUUGAAAAACGAAGCAGCUACGAAUUCCACCGACUCGACUGGCUAUGCGAGGAUUUUCGAGAGGGACACCUGCGUCUACAUCUUCUCGGGGCUGACUGUCGCGACGAUAACAAUCACUUUGAUUAGAUCGUUUGCGUUCUUCGAGUACUGCAUGAAGGCCUCGCAGAAGCUGCAUGACAAAAUGUUCAGGAGUAUUAGCAGAGCGACGAUGAGAUUCUUCAAUACGAACACCUCGGGAAGGGUUUUGAAUCGAUUCUCCAAGGACAUGGGAGCAAUUGAUGAAUUGCUGCCUAUGGCCUUGAUCGAUUGUGUCCAGAUUGGACUGGCUCUUCUUGGAAUAGUCGUGGUUGUUGGCGUGGCCAAUCCCUGGCUGAUGGUGCCCACUGUGGUAAUCGGAGUUCUCUUCUAUUUCUUGAGGGUUAUCUACUUGGCCACCAGCAGAAGUAUCAAGAGACUCGAGGGAAUCACCAGGUCCCCUGUCUUCAGUCAUCUGAAUGCGACUCUCCAGGGGCUGGCAACCAUCAGAGCCUUUGAAGCUGAGACUGUUCUCACGAAGGAGUUCGAUCAGCAUCAGGAUCUCCACUCCUCUGCUUGGUACAUGUUCAUCGCUUCGUCCAGGGCUUUUGGAUUUUGGCUGGACAUCUUUUGUCUGGUUUACAUAGCACUGGUGACGUUGAGCUUUCUGAUACUGCCUGACAGCGCUGAUAACACUGAGGGGGGGAAUGUAGGGCUGGCGAUUACCCAGAGCAUUGGGCUCACUGGAAUGUUCCAGUGGGGGAUGAGGCAGAGCGCUGAGCUGGAGAAUCAGAUGACUUCUGUGGAGAGGGUCUUGGAGUACACGAAUUUAGAGAGUGAACCUGCCUUGGAGAGUGCUCCUGACAAGAAGCCGAGGGAGAGUUGGCCGGAGGAGGGGACGAUUCAGUUUAAGAAUGUUUAUCUUUCUUAUGCACCUGGGGAACCUCCAGUACUUAAGAAUCUUAAUUUUGAAAUUAGGAAGAAGGAGAAAGUGGGGAUUGUGGGGAGAACUGGCGCUGGAAAAUCAUCACUCAUUUCUGCACUGUUCAGGCUCGCGGAUAUUGAGGGGAAUAUCAUUAUUGAUGGAGUGGAGACCUCGGAAAUAGGGCUGCAUGAUCUCAGAUCGAAGAUCAGUAUAAUUCCUCAGGAGCCGUUCCUGUUCUCGGGGAGUUUGAGGAGGAAUCUUGAUCCUUUCGAUUUGUAUCCGGAUAGUCUGCUCUGGGGGGCUCUUGAGGAUGUUGAGCUGAAGGAGAUGGGUCUGACCGCGCAUAUUAAUGAGGGGGGGAGCAAUCUGAGUGUUGGUCAGAGGCAGCUGGUGUGUCUCGCUCGCGCUAUUGUUAAAAAUAACAGGAUUUUGGUGCUGGAUGAGGCAACUGCUAAUGUCGAUCCGAGGACUGAUGAGCUCAUUCAGAAGACUAUUAGGGUCAAAUUUGCUGAGUGCACUGUGUUGACUAUUGCUCACCGGCUGAAUACUGUGAUGGAUAGUGAUAGGAUCUUGUUGAUGGAUGCUGGACAAGUUGUGGAAUUUGAUCAUCCUCAUAUACUUCUCCAAAACGAAGCUGGUUAUUUAUUGAGUAUGGUAAAAGAGACUGGUAAAAUGAUGCAGGAUGUUUUGACAGCUGUUGCCAAACAGAAUUACGAACUUCGUCAUCCAGCCACAUCGCUGCAAAAGUGAUACAGAUACCUAAAAAUCUACAAACUCAGCAGCAUUCUUUCAGAGGGAAAGAAAUUGAGUAUUUUUGAAAAAAGAUAAAUAGUUGAUUACACAAUUUUCGCUAUCUUCGAGCAUAAGUGCCUUAGAAAAGCCUUAACAUACUUAAAAGUGAUCGAUUAUCGUUUUGAGACAUCAAUUAUCGUUAUCAAGGUAAAAGUCCCUUUUUAUCGAUUGGGAGUACGGAAUACCUGGGACGCGUUACUCUUUCUUCGGGUCGUUAUCGUCAUUUGUCGAGUGAUAUUAACGCACACAGUCAAUACAACGGACUCCCCGAGCGGAUAACGAUACCUAAUAACGAGGUGAUCACGUGUAUUCAGAAAACAAAAACACAGUAUUAUUUUAUUUAAUCUUUCGUUAAAUGUGAAUUUAGCUGAUGCCAGUGGAAUCAUUUUUCGAUUCUUCAAUUAUGAUGGUUGAGGAUGAGAAAACAAGUUGAAGAAUCGAUAUUAUUCUUCGAAGCAAUGUCGUGAUUAUUAUUGAGUCCAUUCGAUAUCAAUUGAAUAGCUAAAUGGGGAGAAGAGAUGAGUCAUUAUUCCACUUGGACCUUAGCUGUUUGUGAAUACCCCUGAAUCGAAGGGAGAUGGGGGAAUUUUUGUUGUGAGAUUUUUGGCAUCAGUAGGAAAUUCAAAAAUCUUCCUUCGAUUCCGAGCUGUGGAAAUUAAUUGGAUUGACUCGUUUCGUCGUUUACCACUCGACUAUUGAAUUGCUGGAAGGCUCAGAGUUGCAUUGAUACAAUUGCAUUGAUAUGCAUGAAAAUCUAUUGGUGUUACGAAUCAUCACUUCUAUUUGUUUUCAACAUUUCUGAGAUACGAACUCACAUACUUAUCUUCUUAUCCCACAUCAUGGAAGAAUUUGACAUGUUUAUUUGUAAAAGUGUACUUAAAAAACGUAAAAAGCAUAGGAGGUAAUAAUCCAUGUCAUGUAGUCCAUGCCAAAUGAGUCAACUCCUGACCCUCGUUCUCUUGAGGGAAAUAUGAUUUUUUCCUUGUUUUUUCGUUUUUUUUUUCAAUAACUCGGAUUCUAUUCGGCCGAUUUUUAUUU